GUAGCCCGCCUCUGCGCGUCACGCUCUGAACGCAUUUUAUGAGACCUCCACAGAGUAGGCUAUCCCGUCCUGUGCUCGUCGCUCCGCUGGAAACAAAGACCAACUUAAAUGGAAGUAUGUAAAGUUGGGAUUUAGGAGUGUACAUGGUUUAUUGAUACGUGACGUCGGUCUGGGACUAUAGCAGCCUCAUGUAAAUACUCGCUGAAAAGCCUUCCACAGGGUUUGGACGAAUAAGCGGCUUGUUCUUACUCCUUGGAAAUGUUCACCCGCGGAUCCAAAAAGCGACGCUCCAAUCGUAUGGAGGAGAUUGAGGAUCCUGAUCGGGGGCAGCCAUGUAUGCGGUGUGGAGACCAAUGUCCAGGACUGCGAAUGCACGGAUGGAGGAAGAUCUGUAUCCACUGUAAGUGUGUGCGUGAGGAGCAUGCCGUGCGCUCGAUGCCGGGUCAGCUGGAAAGGAUGAUGAUGAAGCUCGUGUCCGACUUCCAGCGCCACUCCAUCUCCGACGACGACUCAGGCUGCGCCUCCGAAGAGUACGCCUGGGUACCGCCCGGCCUCAAGCCAGAACAGGUGUAUCAGUACUUUAGCUGUAUUCCUGAGGACCGGGUGCCCUACGUCAACAGUCCAGGGGAGAGGUAUCGCAUCAAACAACUGCUCCACCAGUUGCCCGCUCAUGACAGUGAGCCCCAGUACUGCAACUCUCUGGAUGAGGAGGAGAAGAAGGAGCUCAGAGUGUUCAGCCAGCAGAGGAAGAGGGAGAACCUGGGCAGAGGCAACGUCCGCCUGUUCCCCGUCACCAUGACCGGGGCCAUCUGCCAACAGUGUGGUAGGCAGAUCCGCGGCGGAGACAUAGCGGUGUUUGCCAGUCGUGCGGGGCACGGCACGUGUUGGCACCCGCAGUGUUUCCAGUGCGCCAGCUGCAACGAGCUGCUGGUGGAUCUCAUCUACUUCUACCAGGACGGGCAGAUCUACUGCGGGCGCCACCACGCCGAGAGGAUCAAGCCCAGAUGCCAAGCCUGCGACGAGAUCAUCCUGGCGGACGAGUGCACGGAGGCGGAGGGCCGCCACUGGCACAUGAAGCACUUCUGCUGCUUUGAGUGUGAGGCGGCUCUGGGGGGCCAGCGCUACAUCAUGAGGGAGAGUCGGCCCUACUGCUGCUCCUGCUACCAGGCCCUCUACGCAGAGUACUGCGACACCUGUGGAGAGCAUAUCGGUAUAGACCAGGGCCAGAUGACGUAUGAGGGGCAACACUGGCACGCCUCGGAGGCCUGUUUCUGCUGUGCCCGCUGCCACUUGCCCCUGUUGGGGCGCCCCUUCCUGCCCAAGGGGGGGCUGAUCUUCUGCUCGCGCCCCUGCUCCCUCGGGGAGGACCCCGACAACUCCGACUCCUGCGACUCGGCCCUGCAGGGCCGCACGGGGCCCCAGAAAUCCCACAGCCACCACUCACCACAGCAGCACUCCCCGCACCACCACCAGCACCAGCAGCAGCAGCAGCAGCCACUGCAGCACAGUUCCCCUCUACGACCACAGGAGGGCGCCAAAAACAGCUCUGCUGCCAUCAUCAGCACCUCCAUACCAGUGGGGAACAGCCACUCUCACACGCCAGUAGAGAGCAGAGGUGUGUGCAUCCCUCCUUCUCACCUGUCCAACGGUCUCUCAGUCUCAUGCCAUUCAGACUCACAGUCACCCUCCCCUAUCCCUCAUCUGUCCAAUGGCUGGGGAGCUUCUUUGCCCGGCAGCCAAUCAUAUGAGAGCUUGCGCCCAGGAAGUGGUCGGGUGGAGCACCCAAACAGCUACACCGAGACAAAUGGAUACCGUGAAUUUGAAGCCCCUCCCAGUUAUGUUUCAAGGGGCACUUCAACUGCAAAGGAUUGUGGGAAGGGGGUUGAUAAAGGCAUUAAAGCGUACCCCCCUCCACGGUACCCCUCUCCAGCAUUGGUGGACACCCUGAGCGCCUCUGAGCCCCUCCCAACUCCUCCUCCUGCCCUUCUCCUAAACGGGCCUUCUGAUUCGCCAGCCCUGACCCCAGCCACACCUCCUAUGCCAGAGCCACGCCCCUCCGCACCUGUGCCCCAAUCAGGGCGCAGCGGUGCACGGGUGAGCUUCCGGGAGCCAAUCAGCUGCAGUUAUUCCGUGGAGAUGGAAGAGGAUGAGGAAGAGGAGGAGGUGAGAGGAGAGGGAGAGGAGGAUGAGGAGGAGAGGGAGGAAGAGGAGGCCAUGGGAGGGUUUGGCAGGAGGCUCCGUUUCCAAAAGGGAAUCCCACCUCACAUGGACCUGCUGGACGGCUCGUACCACCGCAGCAUCCGCAGGGGCGCCCAUAACCGCGGGCACGUGCCAUCCGACUCCCCCCUCCACCUGGGCACCGAGCGACGCUUCCGACGCUCCCGCUCCGACCGGCCACGACUGGAGACGCUGGAGUGGCGCGGGGGCGAACGGCUCCACGCCGCCGCGUCGGGGUCAGAGGUCAGCGGGGCGAUGGCCGGCGCCUCAUUGGAGAGCCCCGACCGGCCGGGCAACCCCCUCACCCUCCAGGCCGCCCACUUCCGGCACGAGGACUCCUGCUCCACCUGCUCCUCGUCCUCCGAUUCCGAGGAGGAGGGCUACUUCCUGGGUCAGCCCAUCCCACUUCCCCCUCAGCUGCGCCGCCCCGGACCAGGGGAGGGCGGCCAGGGAGGAGGAGGCGAGGAAGAGGAGGAGGGAGCGGAGGAGGAGGAGGGAGAAGCGAGGGAGUGGGGAGGGCUGAGGGGGAGCCUGAGGAGGAGGACGAGGAGGACACAGAGCUUUAGCGCGAAAGACAAAGACAAGAACUGCAUCCUCUCCUGAGCUGGGCAGCUGCUGGCGCUAGCGCUUUCUAGAAGCUUCUACCUCCAGAUGCACACAUGAACACAAACAAACUCUAAAGUCUCCAGUCCACCGUGCAAGUCAGAAUAAAAUAGUCAUUUGUCUUCCUGCUUUCAAAUGGUUUGGCAUUGAGACAGUGAGAUUUUUUUUGUUACAAAUCUAAAGAGAACUCUCAGAGUUAACAGAGGAGAGAUACUACUGCAGUCACUGUUGGGCGUUGACUGAACUUGAAGAAUGGACACACAUAUAUGAUAUAUAUAUACGUACACAAGGCUGUCCAUGCACUUCAUCAUAAAGGGACACACAUGGAACAGAUAGUGACUCUCUUGAGCAUCACCUCAUGCUGUAUAUUAAACACACACCUUCAGUGCUUCCACAGAAGUCCACGCUUGUCAAGGCACUUUUUUUUGCACACACAGGAUGGAGGGCUUGUGUUACCACGGGCGAUGGGAGAGGUUGUUUGUCAUGUGAGAACGCUGUCUUGAGAAUAAGGAACAAACUACUUUUUUCUUUUUUUUUCCUCGUCUGAAGAGCUUCCGUAACAAAAACACUCGUUCUAAAACACCACAUUUUGGACAAGCCAUAGAAUCGAACACUAACAGUAUCUCAAGGUUUAACUAUUCUUAUUCUUAUUCUUAUUCCUUGUAUGACAAGAACAGGUAAAUGUAGCAGCCAGUAGGUAUUGCCCGGAGGUGAACACCUGAGAGAAGAUCUUCAGUAGGACCUUACUUUAGCAUCUGUCUACUGCGCAGCCUGAUUCACACUCAGCUGAUUCUCCCCGCGGGGACUCCACUAAAGCACUUUCUGAUCAUACAAACCAUCUUCCACUCAUGUUACAAACUAUAACUCCAAGCAAUUCAGAACUCCAGACAAUGAACAACUCCAGACAAGUCCUCAUAGAGUCUUGGGGCAGAUGAAGUGAGCAGCAGUACUUAUUAGGUGAUGGUGCCAUCUCUUCACCCUGUUUUAAGUUGCUUCAUGUCUUUCAGAGCUAGCUUAUAAUAAAGAGAACUCAAUGAGGACCAAACAAUAGAAACAGGCCACACUUUCGGCUGGGAAUGCCCACGCUGACCGAUCUGAGAGCAUUUCCCAACACCCAAAGCUCUAUGGUCAAUAUCUGCCAUGUUUCUACGAUCAAGAGCUCCAUCUGUUCCUGUCCUCAUGUUCACUCCUGCAGCCAGUAACCUUCAAGCACAGAGAACCCAAGAGGGCCCUGACCAUGGCACCACUCAGCGUGUGUGUGUGUGUGUGUGUGUGUGUGUGUGUGUGUGUGUGUGUGUGUGUGUGUGUGUGUGUGUGUGUGUGUGUGUGUGUGUGUGUGUGUGAAGGACUGACGUCCCUGACCAUGACACCACUCAGCGUGUGUGUGUGUGUGUGUGUGUGUGUGUGUGUGUGUGUGUGUGUGUGUGUGUGUGUGUGAAGGACUGACGUCCCUGACCAUGACACCACUCAGCGUGUGUGUGUGUGGCGCGUGGGCAGAGUGUGUGGCAACCCAGCCCAGCCCAAGUGCAUUAUACUACUGAGGCAAGGCUCAGGAGACGGCGGGGUGUGUGUGUGUGUGUGUGUGUGUGUGUGUGUGUGUGUG